AUGCUGCUGGACGAGACUCCACUUUUUGAGCCCUCUCUGCUUCGGGAGCUAGACUGGAGCAGCAACACUGCCUCAUUCUCUCCCCCAAUCUCACCAUGCAAUCCAGGGGAAGGCCUGGUGCUGAGGCCACUCUGUAUGGCAGAUUUCAACAGAGGAUUUUUCAAGGUUUUAUCUCAGCUCACCAAGACAGGCGAUGUCACACCAGAGCAGUUCACUAAGAAUUUUGAGCACAUGAAGAAGACUGGAGAUUACUAUGUCGUCGUGGUGGAGGAUACAAAUCUGAGUCAGAUCGUGGCCACGGCAACACUGAUCACUGAACACAAAUUCAUCCACUCCUGUGCCAAAAGAGGCCGGGUGGAGGAGGUCGUCGUCAGCGAUGUGUGCCGAGGGAAGCAGCUGGGCAAACUAUUAGUCUCGACUCUUACUCUUCUCAGCAAAAAACUGAAUUGCUAUAAAAUCACUCUUGAAUGUGCACCCAAAAACGUGGCUUUUUACCAGAAGUUUGGCUACUCUGCGUCAGACGAGACCUACAUGCAGUGUCGAUUUUUUGACUGA